CAGGACAAAUGCGAACCGCUCCUUGAGAGCAAGGCCCGCGCUAAGAAGGGUCGUCGCAAGUUCAGUCUUCAAGACCCGAAGAAGUUGGUCUAUGGGUAUAUCGUUCCUGCCCGUGACGCGGCAUAGUCGGCAAUACGACUUAUUUCAGUCCUUCACAAACUCUGUCUCACUUUACAACUAUGACACUUGUUUCAUUCGCUUGCACAUAUAUUUUGCCAAUAUCAUCGACACUCCUUUUGCAUCGAAUAGUCCCUCUUUCACUGUGUUUUCCUCCGCUUAGCGCAUCUUUUAUAUCUUUUAUCAGAUCACCCUUAUUGCACGCUAGACGUAGCUAUCUUAUAUCAUUUGGCUUGGUGUAUGUUUUUAGACACGGUCGUUGUAUUUUACUGGAUGGCUAGAUAAUGGAGCCUGGAGCUUUGCAUAUGCGUACUUGAUAUAUAUUAGGAAUUACGAUCAGUAAUGAAUAUUACAUACUGCGGGAAUAAACGCCUGUCAUAUUUUCUC